AUUUAGUUGGAGACUCAAUUCGAAAGAUGGGUCUGUAUAAACGAUAUGUAGACGACAUAAUAAUCAUAGGCGAUAAAAUUGAAGACAUAAGCCACUUGUUAGACAAAUUCAAUAGUAGUCAGAACCACAUUUCCCUUACAUGUGAAGAAGAGAAGAACAACCAACUUCCUUUUCUUGACAUCCUGAUUACUAGGAGAGAUGAUGGUUCCAUCAAACGUGCUGUAUAUAGAAAACCAACAUGGACAGGACAGUAUCUUAAUUUUCAUAGUCACUGCCCUAUUCAUUAUAAACGUGGUUUAAUAAAGAGCUUAUUCAAUAGAAUCAAUCGUAUUUGUACUAGUGAUACUAUUGAAGUAGAGAUGAAGCUCUUGACCGAUGCGUUAAUCAAUAAUGGUUACCCUUUGAAGUUCAUAAACCGCUGGAAGGGUUGCAAUAUGACUAGACCUAUGAGGCUUCUGGCACCCAAAAAGCGAGUUUAUAUUACGCUACCAUUCAGAGGUGACACAAAUAGUCUCAUGUUGAAACAGAGACUUAAAUUAGCUAUCAACCGGACAUUUUAUGCAGCCCAACUUGUCAUUAUCGAAAAGACAAGGUCUAUGUUUCACCAAAAGCCCAAACAGCAUGAAAACGAUUGUGUCACAUCCCAUUGUGUCUACAAAUUUACAUGUAUGUGUGGAAACACGUACGUAGGGAGGAGCAAUCGUGAUUUGCAAAUAAGGGUGGGUGAGCAUAUACCAAAAUGGUUGCAAAAUCAGAUGAAUUCCAAUGGUGAAAUAAGACCACAGGAUAGACAGACAUCAUCAUCCAUUGCGAAACAUUUGAUUGAGACGGGUCAUAAGGUUGAUAUCAAAUCAGCAUUUGUUGUGUUGUACAAAAGCCUUCAAGGACGUAUACUAAGGUUUAUUGAAGCCUUGGCUAUACGAAAAUUGAAACCCCCUUUAUGUGUUCAAAAACAAUUUGUACUUACACUUAACCUACCCUGGUAGUACUGAUUUACUGUCCAGAGUGGUAAUCACAUUUGUUUUUGUGUACUUUAAUAUUUUCCUUUGUUAUGACUUACCCUUAACCUGUCUAGUUGACCUUUUAAUUUUCAUAUAUAAAUGUUCUUAACAAGUAUAUGUGUGAUCAGAUUGUUCGAAAUGUAUUGCGCAAAUAUAUCACAUAAU